GAACUCUCUGCGCUCACACUUCAGAGUCAGAGCAGGGGAGAGGAGGUCGGAGACCCGCUGGCAUGUUGGCUGAAGGUUUCCUCAGACUGCUGCACUACAGGGAGGAGAGGAAGUUUGCUUCCAGGCAGAUGGGAUGGGAGACAAAGCCGCACUGUAGUGAGCCGGUAAACAGCGCCGCGCCCGACUCUGCAGACCUCCAGGUGCCUGAAGCUCCAACAGGGCUGGGCGUGGAGGGGCCGGACUCCACCCGGGCCCAGGGACUGAGAGCCAGCCCUCGGGGUCCUGCAGGCCUCUCGAUCCCCGGCUGUUCGCCGAUGCACAUCGUGGACUGCAGCCUGCUGGAGCAGUACCCGGACCUGCAGGUGGUCGACCCCGGCCACUUCUCUCUCAACCCCUCCAGAGCCAGCCUCAGCCAGUUCAACCUUCUGUCUCCCUACCAUGAAGCUCUCCCUCACCCGGAGCUGGCGGCCCCGCCGGAGCCUCAGGCCGACGCGCUGACAUCCGUGCCGGACCAGGGUUACCUGGUGAUGGGACACAGCGCCAACAUCAGCCUGGAUCUGCCCGGAUCGGGCCUGGAGCCCAUGUCCAACUCCGUGCUGAACGGGCUGCUGGAGAAGCAGCUGGAGGAGGUGUACAUGCAGCACCUGACUGACAACCUGGCCCGGUGCAACUCCCACCUGGGGAACAGCCUCCUGCACGGCCUGGUGCCCCCGCCGCAGCCCGGGAGCCAGGCGCAGGGGCCCGUGUCGCUGGAGGACAGUCAGGAAGACAGCUGCACUAAAGUCAGCCAUCUGAACACCCACACCUUAGCUAUCUGCUCAUCCAACUUCAGCUCCCCGGUGCUGAGAAUUUCAGAGGCCGCCGACCCCUAUCUGCAGUGAAAACACUCUAAAAAUGCAUGACAUGAAAUGUGUUUCAUCUCUUUUCCUCUCUGGUCUACCUUGAAAUCUGCAAUCACCCACAUAUAAACAUCCCUGUGACAAAACUAAACAACAGCAACCUCCUGUAUCAGUGCUAUUCUUACACAAUGGCCCGUUGACUUAUUUGAUUAAGUGAUAUGCUUCGAUUUGAGCUGCUUUCGUUUGCCAUCUGCUGGCAGAGUGUGGUACUGCAAUAUUAAAAAUUCA